GUGAGAACCCCACAAUGACCAGCUUCCAUCACUCUAUCAGUAUCACGCCGUCGCGAAAACAUCCAGAUCCUGGUAGCUCGCACCUGACAGCAGCUGCAAGGAUCGGCAGGUCGGCACUGAUGAUUCUAUGAACGCCCACGAUGUCGAGGCCCUCCGCGAAAGGGUUGGUGACCUCGAAGCUCAAUUACAAACGAGCAAGGCUUUACUACGAAUUGCAGAGGGGAAAUUGAGCAACGGCACGAGCAGCAAUGCUUUCCACCUGCCCAUCUCAUUACCUCUGGGUCCUUCUGUUCACAACUUGAUGCUCUUGUCAGAUUCAGCGCUACCUCUGGGAUCUUUCGCUUUUUCCAGCGGGUUGGAAUCCUUCUUGGCUCAUCACAAACCACUUCCAGCUGGCCAAACCAGUCUAUCUCUUUUCCACAAGUUUGUGAAGCUGUCUAUUCAGUCCGUGGCGUACACCAACGUGCCCUAUGUAUUGGCGGGCUUCCGAGACCCGCUAGAGCUCAUGGACCUGGACAAUGACCUGGAUGCCUCGACACCAUGUACUGUGGCACGUCGAGCGAGCAUUGCGCAAGGUCGAGCUCUGUUGAGCAUUUGGGAGAAAGCCUUUGCUCCUUCAGCAAAAAGCCGACUCGAAGAAGAAUCUGAAACCGUCAUUGUCAUAGACACAUUCGCCAAAGAUCUGAAGAUUGCAGCGAUUUCUUCAGAUCCCCUGCCCGUCAAUGGUCAUCUUGCACCGCUGUGGGGCGUUGUGUGCCUGGCUCUAGGCUUGAAUCUAGAGGAAGCGGGCUACCUGUUCUUGCUCAACCACGCGAAAGCAGUCCUUAGUGCUGCGGUCAGGGCAUCGGUUAUGGGACCGUACAUGGCGCAGACUAUACUUGCAGGACCACAAUUACAGGACUUGAUCCGUCGAAGCCUGGAAAGGGUUUGGCUGCUUCAGCCGGAGGACGCUGGUCAGGUGGUGCCGAUGAUGGAUCUGUGGAUUGGGAGGCAUGAAAUGCUGUAUAGCAGGAUCUUCAAUUCUUGAGCUGCUUUUUGCGGUGAAUGGGUCUGCAGUAUGUGAAAGUGAAGACUCAGCAGGGAAACAGCAGCCAAGGGCUGUCACGCACCAUGGACUACCCAUGCAAGAUGCGAACAGGCUGUAGGUCUCUGUGGUUCUCGCCUGUUAUCAGCAUUCUCAGACCAGGACGACGCUGGGGGACGACCGUGUCGACACCACAGCACGCGCAACCUCGAUCGACCAACGCGACGCUAUGAAAGGCAUUCUUGCCUUGCUGUUAUCAAUACUCAUGUUCCUGGUCACAAAGAGCAAUGCAGUCCGUGGCGAUCAACGGCCAAACACC